ACUGCUCCCAAUAAACUUUCCUCCGGUAGCCAGCGUUCUAUACGUAGCCUUACUAUUGUGCCUAAAUUGUAAUAAGUCAACUAGUCUGCAAUGCAUAAUGUGAAGCCUUGGAUUACAUACCCUCAAUAAGCACUGCUUGUCUGGUUAGAUCGUUAAUGCUAUGUGCUUAUGAACAUUUUACCAAAAAGACAUUCUUCCUGCCCUUGAAUUUCUCAUUAUGCAUCCACAGGCUAUUAAUUAAAGGAAGGCAGAUUAUCGAGAUGGCAAUAACCUCUGCAUUGGGGAGACUCCAGAACAGCCGGCUGGGAAAAAAGUCUUAAUAAACAUAGAAGGUUGAGUAACGUGCAGCGAAACGGCUCUGAGUGCAGCUGUCACAUCCGAAGCGGAGCAGACACCAGGUCUGCUAAAUCCCAAACAAGUCAGCAGAAACUUCACAGAGAGAGUUGGCCGGCAUGCAGUUGUGGACAUAAUUACUUUGUUGAUGUCACCCUGAACUGUGACAGAAGAUGAGGACUAAUACACUAGUGUGUAUAGUUUUAGUGAUUUCACUGUGUACUGGAUGGGCUCAAGAAGAUGCCUCCACUCCAAAGCAUCAAAAGCUGAGAAUUCAGCAAAGACGUAAAAGAGUGCCUUUAAGAAGUUCAAACAAAAGUCAAAAACUGAUUCAACCUUCACCACUACCAGUUGCUAAAUCAAAUGUCCCUUUCUACAACGGAGACGAUACCAUAGUGCACAUCCUACAAGCAGUUCUAGGGGUCAGUGAGCAAGCCCCAAGCUACAAUAUUUUACCAGCAAAGAAAGGUCACUGCAUGGUAAAUGGUAUAGCCAUGUAUGAUAAGGCAGUGUGGUCCCCGAAGCCUUGUGUGACCUGCAUGUGUUCUAACGGGAAUGAGAUCUGUGAUGAAACGGUGUGCCCUCCUCUAACCUGUCCCAAGACUGAGAUCCCGGAUGGCGAAUGCUGUCCAGUGUGCAGUCAGGCUGCACUUAACAGUAUUUCAGUGGACAAUAUACUUGAAUUGUCAGGUGAUUCUCCAGAGCCAAAUGAACCCAAUAAUAUACUUCUUAUGAAAUUACCCCAUACGCCAGAAGAAAUGGAUGAGCUACUUAUGAAAGAAGAAAAGCAUGAAAAAGAAAGGCCAAAGGCAGAAGGACCAAAGAAGCAAAAGAAAAAAGAGAAGAAAAGGCCCCAGAAAGACCCAACAAGAAAAACUGAGACAGAUGAGGAGGCCAAGCGCAUCAAAGAAAGAAGAAAGGCAUAUGAAGAAGAAGAGCUGAGGAUCGAAGCAGAAGAGAGGCGUAAGUUGGAAGAAGAGAAGAGGAAAAAAGAGGAGGAAAGGAGGAAAAAGGAAGAAGAUAGGAGAGAAGAGGAAGCGAACCGGUUAGCAAUGGACCGAAAACAAAGAGAACGAGAGGAAUUGGGUUUAGUAGACGAAGAUGAUGAAGAUGAUAAUGACAGUGAUGAAGAUGAUGACUAUAACUUAAGAGGUGAUGUGUUUAGAGUACCUAGACGACGUAUUCCAGGUUCACGCCGGCCAACAGAAGUCCACCAUCCCCCCCUGCCUCCUGGUUGCUUCAUCUCAGAAAUUACAGUUAGCUGCUCCAAUGCAAAACUGACAGGUGUGCCUCCAAUAUCAGACCCUGAUAUAAAGAGCUUGGACCUUCUAGGAAACUUUAUUACCUCCAUUCCAAAGGAGGCAUUUAAUGGAAUGCCUAAUCUAGAAAAGAUUGAUCUCAGCAAGAACAAACUUAUGUCUACCGGUAUAGAUCCAGUUGCAUUUAAGUCACUGAAGAAUUUGAGACGUUUGUAUUUGGAUGGAAAUAUCCUUGAACAGAUCCCAUUGGAAUUGCCCUCGUCUUUGGAGGAACUUAAAAUGAAUGAAAAUAAACUUGGUAGUCUCGAAGAAGACAGUCUAAAAGAUCUGAAGAACUUAGUAACUUUGGAACUUGAGGGCAAUCAACUGAGUGAAGCCAAUGUCAGUCCCUUAGCCUUCAAGCCUCUCCAGCAUAUGAGUUAUUUGCGUAUGGGUAGAAACAAAUUCCGGACAAUACCACACGGACUCCCAGCAUCUAUUGAGGAACUCCAUCUUGAAAGCAACCUGAUAGAGGAGAUUGCAGAAACUGCAUUUAACCAUACUGUUAAUCUCCAUACUGUUGUUCUACGAUAUAACCAACUAGAGGAGACAAGAAUACCUCCUUUAACAUGGAUAUUUCAUAAGAACCUGGAAUCAAUAGAUCUCUCCUAUAAUAAGCUUUACCAAGUACCAUCUUAUCUGCCCAAGUCUUUACUACACCUCGUACUUGUCGGCAACCAAAUUGAAAGGAUUCCAGGUUAUGUGUUUGCACAUUUACAUCCAGGGCUGGAAUAUCUCUACCUGUCUUUCAACAAGCUUGACAAUGAUGGAAUAGACCCAACUUCAUUUCACGGGGCAUAUCACUCACUAAGAGAAGUAUUUCUGGAUUAUAAUCAGCUAACAACCAUACCUGUUGGAAUGGAAGACAUGAAAGACCUCCAUAUACUGAGGCUGAACAACAAUAAAAUUAAGUUCGUGUCUCCAAACUGCAUCUGCAGUGCUGACGAAGAAGGGGACUCUAACAUUGAAUACCUUCAUCUGGAAAACAAUUAUAUCAACACGCGAGAAAUAUCUCCUUAUGCAUUCUCCUGCAUUCGCUCCUAUGCUAGUGUUAUUCUAAAACCACAGAAGGUCAAGUGACAGACUAUGAGAGGUUCAACUUGGAGGAAUCCUUUAUGUAUCUCAGAGCAGACAUUCUGUAACUAGGACUGGUCUCCAUAAAUAUGGCAAUGCUAUGAGAAAUACAAAGCAUAGACACUUUUUUUAAUUAUACAGCAGCUCUAACACUGCAUUUAUUGCAGUUAGGGAGGUUCCACAAUUUAGAACAUUAUCCUUAAACAAGUAAAAAAAAUAAUCCUGGCCUACAGAAAGCUAAUCUCAUAACCUUCACCUUCCAAACCCAUCAUUACUCUAUAUACAUAAUUCAGUUGUUGGUCAUUGUGGGAUUAUAAAGCAAAAAAAUUCCCAUUAUAUCCCGGUUCCAAUAACAUUACAUUAGCCUCUAAAACGUCUGUAUUUUUGAUUGCUAUGCAUUUCUUCCGUCUUUGAAGAACUCAGAUAUCACAGCAAAACCACUACUGUAGCCACUUUAUUUUACCACUUGGACAUACUGUAUAUUCUGCACUACUCUUGUGCGGUAGUUCUCUGAUCAAAAGACUUGUCUAUAAAGCACACCAGCUUUCCACUGAAAUAGGACUUAGCGUCUACAAGCAUUCUUUCUACUCAUUGCAGAUAACCUCUCCAUGAAAUUUAGCACAUACGGUAAAUCUCUUCAUUGUGACCCUUAUAGUAAUGUCUGACAUGUCAUAAAUGUACCCCAAGUGGUAUGAAAUGAUUGCUGUGUCUCUGCACCUUGCUGGAUCAAGUAUGGACACAGAUGGGGGAAUUGGCUAAAGAUUAAUAAUAAAUAUAUGAAUUUAAAAACA